GCAGACAGCUCAUCGCAGCCGGUGACGGGUCGGCUGUGUUUAACGAAGCUCAUAGAUGAGAGGAGAGCACAAGCACAAAGUGUUUCUGUAAAGUAACUAGUUUUCGUAGACUUUUUGUAGUUCAUCAACACAAACAGGAACGGAGUAAAACAAAAUAAUUUGAUGACAAAGACUCAAAAGAGAUGUGUGCUGCUGUGUAUGUCCUGUCCACUGUAACGGGCUACGUACUCACCUCUGCCCUGCUGCUCAAAUGCCCAAAUCUUUUGCACCGGAAGAGGAGAGGGCACUUCCUCAGCAGACACAUUUCCCAUCGUGGAGGGGCAGGAGAAAACCUGGAAAACACCAUGGCAGCUUUUCAGCAUGCAGUGGAUCUCGGCACAGACAUGCUGGAGCUGGACUGCCACCUGACAAAAGAUGAGCAAGUUGUGGUGUCACAUGAUGCCAACCUGCACAGAUCCACCGGCAUCAAUGCUAACAUCUCUGACAUGGUCUAUAAUGAGCUGCCACUGUACCGCUGCAACCUUGAUGUUACUUUUCAGAGAGCGUGUAUCUGUGCAGGAGGAGAAGAUAAACGCAUCCCUCUCCUCAGUGAUGUUUUUGAGGCCUUUCCUAACACUCCUGUUAACAUUGACAUCAAGGUCAACAACGACACUCUCAUCAAGAAGGUGUCUGAGUUGGUUGUUAAAUACGACAGAGAGAAUCUGACUGUGUGGGGCAACGCCAGCAACAAGAUUGUUAAAAAGUGUUACAAAGAGAACCCUCGUAUUCCUGUGUUGUUCAGCUUUCCCAGAGUGCUGCAGCUGUUAGGCCUCUUCUACUCUGGCCUGCUCCCCUUUGUUCCACUCAAAGAGCAGUUCUUGGAGAUCCCCAUGCCCUCCAUUAUCACCAAACUGAAGGACCCUGACAGAUUAACCAGAAGUCAGAGAUUCAUUACGUGGUUGGCAGACACAUUGCUGAUGAGAAAAGCUCUGUUUCAACAUUUAACUGCAAGAGGAAUUCAGGUGUACAUCUGGGUGCUGAAUGAUGAAGAAGACUUCCAGAGGGCUUUUGAGUUGGGAGCCACAGGGGUUAUGACAGAUUUUCCCACCAGGCUUAAAGACUUCAUGGACAGGAAUGGCAUUUCUAAGCCCCAGUGACCUGCCAAAAUCUACCUCACACCCCUCCACCAGUGAUUAUCUUUCAACCUGACCUGACCUGCCAAGCCAGCCUCAUAUCCCAUGUGCCCAUUUUUUUCCUGCAUGCAUUCCAGCUGGGCUCCCCUGACACUGUUUGUUGCUGCCAUUGUCUGUACUGAUUUGAUAAAUUAUUAGUUUCACUGCUAACACAGACUUCUCUGAUUUAAAUCCAUAUAAACAUUCUCAUAAAGGACACAGACUGUACUUGCUACAUGUUAUUAUAUCCUUUGUGCAGUGUUUUUUUUUUUUUUGCAGGAUCUUUGUGGUUCCCUUCAUACACAUGUAAUUUACCUGUGACAGUAUAACAAUCAUGUGUUUCAAAGUUAUGUAAAACUGCAUGGGUUUUUGAGGUAUACAUUUGACACUGGGCUAAAUGACCACUUAAACAUGCUGAUAAGUCAUAUUAGUCUUUUUCUAAACGGAUCGGCAGAUUUUGACUUGAAAUUAUUUUUGCUAAUUUAAGGUCUUUAUUUUAACCUCAUACUUUGUAAUACAUAACAUGACCGUUGUUUCAUGUUCGCCGUGUUGCCCAUACAAGAUUCAAGUAUCGUUUCAGUAUAAACACCAGCAGAUGCAGCUGCUCUUCGUGUUUGUUUACCAGUUGCUUUAUUGAGUUUUGAGGUCAGGCAUAUUUUCCUGUCACUUAGCACAUGGAAUAACACACAAAGCAGUUUUCAGAUAUUUUUAUAUGAGCUGUAUUAUGCCAAAAAAAGUGCUUCUUGUGAGAAAUAACGGGAUGUUGAUAAAAAUACUGAGUUUCACUGAUGCUCAGACUCUUAGUGUGAGAUGAACAGAAGCUGAUAAUGUACAGAGGUGCUCUGUAUUUCAUUUUAGGCACUGGCAAAUUCUAAUUGACCACAAAUUAUGUUGUUUUCAAAUGUAGGUUUUGCAAGCUUUGGGUUUUAUGUUGUUUAGUUGUGUUGUAUGCUUGUGUUUUCCCUGUUUUUCUCUAACUCCAGAGGUAUGACUGAGGUUUUGUUUUUCCAUGGGUAAACCUGUCAAAGAUAUUUGCACAUCACAGAGAAUACUGCUUUAGUCAUAGUAAUUUAUACCUUUUCAGUGUGAUCAGAUGUCAUUGAAAUUUCUGUUUAAGACAUUGAAAAGUGUACCAUGUUGUGUGAUCUGUUUUAAAUGGUAAUUUGACUCUGAAAUGUAUUACAGACAGCAGUUGUCAAGCAGUUCCUCACUGUGGCUGUCAAAGUUUGUGUGUGUAAAGGUUAUUAGGAUUAUCAUACCGCUGCCAGGAGCUAAUCCAAACUUGUGACCACACAAUGAGGGUUAUUAAUGAUUGUAUUAUUGGUUGAAUGUAUUAUAUGCUCUUUGGUAACAGUAUUGCUGUUUUAUCAUGUCUUCAUUUUAUUGUUGGCUAUUUUAUUAGUGCUGUUGGUCAGUGAAAUCUGCACAGAUAUCAAACUGAAAGUGUGAUUCAACUCUUCAUCGUUUGAGUUCAGCAGAGAGGAUAAAUUAUUCAAAGAAAGAUUCCAAAUCAUAAGACAGAACUUGAAUCAAUAUAUGUAGCCAGAAGAUUUUUAAAAUUACAUUUUUUUUGUUGUACUGAGUGGUUUGUUUUGCAUGAACAAAUACGUAUUUGUUAAGGUGUCUGUAUAUUUGGUGACUGACAGAAUCGUGUUGUGAUAUAUGGAGUGUGUCAUUUGUUUGCUGAGAUUACUGAAAUGUAUUUUCUAUCAAUAAAUACAAAUAAACAUUG